UUCUCUCACUUCGAGAAAGAAUUUGUUUUUCCUUUUUGCUCCAAAGUUCUGUUGGAUAUGUGAAGGCUGAUCUCCGGCAUUGACUCAGAAUCUACAGUAACUAACUCCCCCUUGAAUUUCUCAGAUUUCUCCUAUUUUCCACUUGCAGGUUCAUCCCUUAAAAUGGACCUGACAAUCGGCGUGUCUUUCACGGAAGAAAACAUCAAGAUUGGACCAAAGCAGUGAAAUUUGGAGCUUCGCUGAGCAUCUGGAGCAAUCACACCCGGCAAUUUUAUUCCUGUCGACAUUUUUUUUUACCUGGAGCAGUUAAGAGCCAAAGUGACGAGUUAAUGGAGGUGGGAGAAUCAAGCAGAAAAGAGGUUUCCUGGAUCCCCACCACGCCUCUGAAGCCUAGUAUUCCCAGAACAGAGCCGAUCUGUGCUGAUGGGGAGGGAAAUCAGCUGAGCCAAACAAAUUUCUUGAAGACCAGUUCAUAUGCUUCACCUCACGCAAAUUAUGCUGAUAGUGUAGUUGCAUGUGGUCAGUCAUCGUCUGGUGCAGGAUUAAACAUGAAGAUGCAGGACCGGGUAGAAUCUACUUGUGCAGUAACGAGCAUUGGGAAUGACAGUGCUGGAACUUGGGCAAAGCCCGCCGCUGGAGCUGUUUCAAGCUUGGAAGGUGUGGGCUUUGUCGAUCUCUUGGCUCUGGCAGAUGCUGCAUCUCUACACUUCAAAGUGAUCCAUCCCGGCGCUAACAAUGAAGGGAAGAGCCCACUCUUCCCCGAUUCCAACUCACAAAGCGACCCUCUGCCGAACCUCCCCAGUGUAUCACCGACCCACCAUAAUGUCUCUCUUGAGCAAAUCCCGGUCAAUACCGUCAAUUACAUUCCCCAAGAACCCCAAGGCCAUACAGGCACUCCACCGAUUGCAUCUCAGACAAGCACAUACUUUGGUUGCUGUGGGAAAGCCAUUUCACCCUUAGCACCUCCCACGCCAGACAAAGCAAUUAGAGGAGAAAGCAGACAAGUUGUAGGAAUGCAGAUUAGUGUGGAAUUGGAGAAAAAUAUCCCAACCACUAACGGUGAAACACCACACAACCGAGAACUCUCUGAAGCUGUCACGGAAUCAUCAUUGGCUGCUGUUUCUACGCCAUUGAAGGAGAAUCACAACCCUGACAAGGGAGGCAGCCAUGUUAUUGAUCUGAAUCAAACUCCAACACCAAAACAAAGGAGGAAAAAACACCGUCCCAAGGUCAUCAAGGAAGGCAAACCAAAGAGUGCCCGAAAGCCAGUUACCCCAAAGCCUGCUACGCCAAAAGAAAACCCACCUCCCAAGAGGAAGUACGUGAGAAAGAAAGGACUAAACAAGGCUUCUGCAACUCCACCAACAGAAGUAACGGGAGAAUCAACUGAGGCUGUUAUGUCAGGAUCUACUAAAAAGUCUUGCAGAAGGUCCUUAAAUUUUGAGUUAACUGAGCAACCAGGAGAUGAAACCACCGUGCCCACAGAAAAUGUGACCCUGCAUAUUGGCAAAGGGAUAGGUGUAUUGGAAGAAACAGAUACAGUCCCAAGUACAUCUCUCUCUAACAUCAAUACUCCUGGGGCUAGGCCAAAUGCCCACUCUGCAAAGAACCGCAAAAGAAAAGGCGUGGUGAUGACUGCUCAGAAUGGACAUGAAAAAUCUGAAACACAAUCAAGACAAAAUAAUUCUGACAGCAGUAGGACUGGAAUUCUGACCGCUGGAUUACAUAUGGGUGGUACCAAUAGAAAACACCCCACUAUCACUGACCACGCAGAUAUCAGCCACAUGAAUCUGAUUGGGAUGCAUUAUAAUGAAUUGCAUGCAUACCAGAGGAGCUGCAUUCAAUUUCCUGAUGUUCAGAAGAGAAGGAGAAGUGAGAAGGUAUCAACGUCUAAUAAUACAUCAGGCACAUCUUUGAGUCCCACAAAGGAUCUAUGGUUUGCGACAUAUCCUCAUGAUCUUUAUGCAUCAAGUUCCAAGUGCUUGUUUUCUUGCGAAUAUAAUGCAGUUAAAAACCCAGUCACAUUGGAAGCUACAGAUAGAGCUACUCUUGACCGAUCUCAUGCAUUUGAAAGCUUCAUAUCUUUCAGUCAGACACGGCCAACUAAGCGAAGAUCCAAAACCCCAACUAGAUUUCGUGAUUAUGCUAUACCAACCACUACUGGAAACUGUAACAUCCUGCCAAAUCAAUUCACAAGACAACUAAGCAAUUCUGACAUGCAAACACUUGCGGAUGGAGAAAGACCAGUUACAAGUAUUGAUAUUUUGGUUGCAGAGAAGAUGCACGCAUCUCUCAAGAAAAAACGAACAACGAGGGAAAACAGAAAAAAACUUGUCAUUCCAACAUUUGCUAGCACAAAUCAAAUGCAUCAUGACUUUCUGUUGAAUGGUUAUCAGCCACCACGGACCAUGUCAUUAGCUGUUGGUGCAGAUGCUGCUCAUGAAAAGCCAUGGAAUAACAAUCUGAUAAUGGAUGCAUUAACAGAGAAAUUCAGACACCUAGAUAUAAAUGCCAGAGAGACUUCAUCUCAUGAGCAAAAGGCCCUAGUCCCGUACAAACAGAAAAAUCGAAGGGACAAGAUCAACCAAGGAGAUGGUGCCAUGGUUCCCUACGAGGGGUCAUUUGAUCCCAUCAGAAAACGAUUACCACGACCUAAAGUUGAUCUGGAUGAGGAGACUGAUAAAGUUUGGAAGCUUUUGAUGUUAGAUAUAAAUAGUCAUGGGAUUGAUGGAACAGAUGAAGAAAAGGCCAAAUGGUGGGAAGAAGAACGUAGAGUAUUCCGUGGACGAGCAGACUCGUUUAUCGCCCGCAUGCGUCUUGUACAAGGUGAUAGGCGCUUUUCUCAAUGGAAAGGAUCAGUUGUGGAUUCUGUCAUUGGAGUUUUCCUAACUCAAAAUGUUUCAGACCAUCUUUCCAGUUCUGCAUUCAUGUCACUUGCUGCUCGAUUUCCUCUAAAAGCAAGCAAUGAAUGCAAAAUACACCAUGAGGAAGGCACAAGCUUGUUUAACAACAAACCACAAGCCCUCAUCAUUGAAUCAGAGGACAAUACAGAAUGGGAUGACAAGAUCUUAAGUGAACCAGUUUGUUGCCAGAGUUCUAUGACAAAAGACAUCACUGAGCAUUCUGAAGGAAAAAUAGCACUCAACAGCAAUGAUUCCCCAGAAACUACCAGCUUAGCAGAUGAAUCAAACUGUAUACUGUUGAAAUCAAAUGAAGGCAACACUGGGGAACACCUCAGUUCAAUGAGCAAACCCAUUGGUACCAUCAUCACCCAGGCAAGGCAGGAAAAACCACGUUAUGGGGAGACUCAGAGAGAGUUAGCUGACGUAGUUUCUACGCAAUGCUCUGCCAUCUCAUCUCAAAUAUCAGGAGGAUUUUCAGUUGAUCAAAAUUCUGAGAAAUUAGGGUCAUGCUCAGAUAGCAACUCAGAAGCAGAGGACCUAUCAAGCAUAGCCAAGCACAAUAUUAUGGACACCAAGACUUGUUUCAGCAAGCUUUUAGAAAUGGCAACUUCAACCAAGUUAUAUGAAGUUAACAGCCUGAGAACCAAGUCAUCUGAGAACCUUAAGGUGGCAUUUGACUUAUCUAGUGGUAUGGAGCAUGACAAACAAUCAGAAGACUUGGAAAAAUCAGAUGUUAUUCAAGCCUCAUUGGAGGAAUCCAUGACCCCUUUGACUGAGUAUACUUUGAAUCUCAACACCAACUCAGGAAUACUUGAACGUCACAGCUUUGAUUCUUUAAAAAUGGAAGCACCAUCACGUGGCUUCUCAAAUGAUAAAUAUGAGAAGAAUACGAACAGAUCAAGUUUACAAGCAAGAGAGUCCGAGAACCAAGCUGCAAUUUCUCAAUCUGAAAGCAUGCCAUCUCACCAUCACCUUCCCAAACAAAGUAAUGUAAUGCAGCAAAUCUUUUUGCACAAUUUCGCAGAGACUCAGGAUCUUGCGGAGAAAGCAGCAGAGUCAAAUACUGGAGACCAAAACUGUGUUGUGAUGAAUGAAAACACAGAGAUAAAUGCUGCCCCAAUAAAACCAAAGGGCAAGAAGCCUGGAAAGGAUAAAAAGAAACAGGUGGACUGGGAUAAUUUACGGGUACAGGCACAACUCCAGGAAGGGAAAAGAGAAAAGACAGCAGAUACCAUGGAUUCUUUAGACUGGGAUGCUGUGAGAUGUGCAAAUGUGAAUGAAAUUGCUGAUGCCAUUAAAGAACGAGGAAUGAACAAUAUGCUUGCUGGGCGUAUAAAGGAUUUCCUAAAUCGACUGGUUGAAGAACAUGGAAGCAUUGAUCUUGAGUGGUUAAGGGAUGUUCCGCCUGAUAAAGCAAAAGAAUACUUGCUAAGCAUAAGAGGGUUGGGGUUGAAAAGCGUAGAAUGCGUACGACUCUUGACACUGCAUCAUCUUGCCUUCCCAGUGGACACAAAUGUUGGGCGUAUAGCAGUAAGGCUGGGAUGGGUACCCCUCCAGCCACUGCCAGAGUCAUUGCAGUUGCAUCUACUUGAAUUGUACCCAGUGUUGGAAUCUAUACAAAAAUAUCUCUGGCCCCGACUUUGCAAGCUAGAUCAAAGAACAUUGUAUGAGCUGCAUUACCAGAUGAUUACGUUUGGGAAGGUCUUUUGUACAAAAAGCAAACCGAAUUGCAACGCAUGUCCAAUGAGAGGAGAAUGUAGACACUUUGCGAGUGCAUUUGCAAGUGCAAGGCUUGCCCUGCCAGGGCCAGGGCAGAAAAGUAUAGUCAGCACAUAUGGAAACAAUGGGUCUGAUCAAAACCCAUUGAGGUCUGAUCAAAACCCAUCUGUGAUCGUUGGUCAGUCACCUUUGCCUCUCCCUGAAAGCACAAUUCCAGCUGAAGAAAAUGAACAAAAGCAACUGGAGCCAAAAUCUGGAAUAGUAACCUGUGAACCCAUCAUUGAAGAACCAGCGACACCGGAAACAGAAUGCGCACCAACAUUAGAAAAUGAUAUAGAGGAUGCAUUCUAUGAAGAUACUUGUGAAAUUCCUACAAUCAAACUUAACAUCGAAGAGUUCACUCUUAAUCUGCAAAAUUAUAUGCAAGAAAACAGGGAACUUCAAGAAGGAAUGUCAAAGGCCUUGGUUGCUUUGACUCCAGAAGUUGCUUCUCUUCCUACACCCAAGCUAAAGAAUGUGAGCCGACUGCGAACAGAGCACCAUGUUUAUGAACUCCCAGAUUCGCAUCCUCUUUUGGAUGGGUGGGACAAGCGAGAACCUGAUGAUCCAUGCAAAUACCUUCUUGCCAUAUGGACUCCAGGUGAGACAGCGAAUUCUAUAGAGCCACCAGAAAGCAGAUGCAGCUUCCUAGGAGAUGGCCAACUGUGUAAUGAGAUGGAAUGUUUCUCAUGCAACAGUAUUCGGGAAGCAAAUUCACAGAUAGUGCGAGGGACAAUCCUGAUACCAUGUCGAACAGCCAUGCGAGGAAGCUUUCCACUAAAUGGCACCUAUUUUCAAGUCAAUGAGGUAUUUGCUGACCAUGUCUCAAGUCUAGACCCAAUUAAUGUUCCCCGAAGUUUGAUUUGGAAUCUUAAUAGGCGAACAGUUUAUUUUGGAACAUCCAUUCCAUCAAUAUUUAAAGGUUUAUCAACACAAGAAAUUCAGCAAUGCUUUUGGAGAGGAUAUGUCUGUGUGCGGGGAUUUGAGCGGGAAACACGAGCACCACGUCCCCUGAUGGCUAGACUACAUUUUCCAGCUAGCAAGUUGGCCAGGAGCAAAGAAAAGUCCAGCGCUACGUAGAGGUUGACAAACUCACAAGGAUUGAAACCAAAACCACAACUUCAUUCUAACAGCCACAAGUAAAGAAGCUUCAGAUGAAAGGGAUGCAAAAGACCAAGGCAGAUUUUGUCAUCUCAUACUACAUGGCAUAGACACGUGCAUAGUAACCAAGUUAUUGAUAAUUUAUGUCAUGCUUUUGUCUUCAAGCACAAAGAUUGAGAAAUUUUCCAGACUAGGACCGAGAUUGUAAUAUGAACCAUGAUAAUUAUUAAUAUAGGAUUCCAGCAUCUUGCGCGGAAAAUGGGUACAUGAAAUGGAAUGGAUAUCUGGGGCAAGGGCUAAAGAUUUAGGACUGCUUCCAGACACGGCAAAGCAUAUCCAGUCCACUAGCUACAGCUCAUUGGAGAGAGACACCUUUCAACUAGUUUUCGUUGAAUCCAUAUUCCUCCCAAAUGAAAUGCGAUGAUAUUGCCCCGAACUGUGAUAUUAUCGAGGAGAUUGAGAGUCCCACGUCUCCCAUACACCCCAGGAAUCUUCAAUCACGUACAGCAGGAGAGGACCAGGACUGAAGGGAAAAUUUGAGAGGCGGCAGAAGCAAUGAGCGAGGAAGUGGGAGACGAGGGGUGAUUAACUUAAUGCCAUAACCAUUAUUAUCAUAAUUAUUAGUAAUUCUUCGCAGUUAUUAUGGUAGUUUAUGAUUAGUUAUUAUCCUAUAAUCAACGUGCAGUUAUUAGCAGCUACGUUGUAUCUUUUGUAAUUAGCAGCAGUAGGAAGCGUUAGGAUUCAGACUUGCGGUAACUUUGUAUUUGGAGAUUCUCCUUGGUCUAGCGAAGUUGGCAGUGUUUCCAAA